CCCUCCUCGUGAUCAUUAUACCUACCUUCGAGCGCUCUCUCAUCGUGUGGUCAAAUUUCACUCACAGCUUAAACGGUAAAUGCUGCCUAACACUCGACUAAGCUUUCCUGAGUGUACUUCCUCGCUCUUGAAGCUCCUUCCCUCCGAUCGACUAACUUUCCUUCGCACAACACCAUUCUCACAUCCGCGACGUCACUCGCGCCUCGACAAUCAUCUUUUGCAUCUAGCUCCCUGGAUCUAUCUCCACGCAACACAAACCCCUUCGCUUCCAUCGACCAACACCACCAGCAUACCCGCUAAUCUCACUCGGCAUCAUGGCAGUCCCACUGACCCCACUCAUGGCAAUCAAGUGCAGCUACGACGACUGCUUCCAUCUCUUUAGCACAGCAAGCGAAAUGACAGCCCAUCUCAAGGAAGCACAGAUUCACCCUUUCUACUGCGGCAAGGAUCCUGGCCGUGAAAGGAUAGCGAGGGGCUUCACAAAGUGCGACUUCCACGGCAAAAGCUGGGAAGAUCUUGUGACACACAAGGUUGAGACUAUGCUUCCAUGGAUCGUCGGUGAGCGCAGUGUCGAGAAGCCGAAAAAGCUCAACCACAUCGUCUGCGAAUUUUGUGGAGUGGACUUCGAUAGUCUUUCCGGAAGAGAGAUCCAUCGCAGACGGAUGCAUCAAGCCGAACACCACAUCGUCUGUAAGGGCUACUCCAUCAUUCGCGAUGAGGAUGGAAACGAUCGCCGUGAUGGAUGUGGCUCGAUAUUUGGCCGCGCCAGCCAGCUGGUUGGCCACAUCGAAGGAGGCUUCUGCGCGUUCAUCCAGCCGAUGGCACUGAGACAGGACCGUGAGCACAAGCGUAUGAUCAAGUUGAUCUUGGACGACCCCGAAGGCUUCAAGAAGAACAUGAUGACUAUGCCCUCCACGCCCGAUCAACCACUUCCCAAAGACAUCGACGGCAUGAGCGGCGGCGUCACUAUUGACCUGCUCAGCCAGAGCGACUUCAGUCAAGAUAUUGGCCAACAAACCCUCAGUCCAACUUCGUGCGCAACAGAACGAAGCCCAUUCGAAGAUGAAUGGCCGCACCUGCCCAGCCUCGACAUCAACGUUGAUGAACUGAGUCGAUCCAUGAGGAGCUUCACCGUCAGAUCGACCAGCGAAGUAGGAUCAUCCUUCAAUCACUCCGAGGGUCACUAUGAAGAUGACAUCAGUCCUGCAAGCAACAAUGCAACCACAGAAAGCGACGAUGAAGACGAUACACCUCCUGCUACACCCGGUCCCGCUACACCCGGUCCUGCCACACCAGGUAAAGCAUGGGGUGUUCCAGGCCUCUCCCAGAAACUCUUCGGACAGACCAAGAAGAAGCCCAUCCUCAACUGGGACGGUAUCAACGCCGCCCACAGGCGCAACAAAGAAGAGGAUGACAAGGACAACAUUUUCGUUUCGCACUUCUGGGACCCCACUCAUACGGACUUCAAGCCAGAGUUCUUCUACCGUCCGGACUUCAACGAUGACGCUAUCCCACCUUUUCAAUGCCCCUUUGAGAGCUGCACAAGACGCUUCACUACACCCCAGAAGGUUGGCGACCAUAUGCGCAUGUCUCACGCUGCACAGAGAAACAAGUGCCCAAUGUGUGGCAAGAACUUCGAAAAGCUCAGUGCUCUUAUUGCUCACUUCGAGGCAAGUUUCUCAGGAGCAAAGUGCCAUGUCGCUCGUAGUGGUGACUAUCACGCAUUGCUCUAUGAAGUCACCGGCGGUCUUCUUGAUGCUGAGAAAGAGCCAGAACAGCUCAUCUACAACUACAGGUCCGAAGCUGGCGAAGAGGGUCCCAGCGUUGCGAAGAAGAUCAACGACAAGGACAGCCCAUGGGCCUCCGAGGGAAAUGGCGUCAAGGACUACACCUACAGAGUCAACUUGCCCACUCGUGCCGACCUAUUCCGCGAGUAGAUUCCGCCAGUAUAUCUGCGCCACCUUAGCAUGCAUGGGAUCAUCUUGAGAGAGCGAAGGAUGGAUGGGCCGAGCACAACCUACGAUGUAUUAUAAUCAGAAAGGAUAAGGCCGACCCGUUGAAAGUAGGCCGAACGAUGCCAUAGCUGAAUUAAGGGAGAAUGAUCCAAUUAAAGCUAAACAGCAAGCGGAGUUGUCUUGGUGUGA